CUCUCUGCGCGCGCGCCACAGGGACAGACACGUUUCUUCAGACUCCGCGGGUAUAAGUCGGUGGGUCGUCACUGUGUAUUCGCGGCCGACGACUUAGAUCUAUACCCUUUCCGCGGUUGUGAAUCUUAAGAUUUGAUCAGCUGAGAGUAUUUCAUAACAACUGCAGGAGUCCACUCUUUUUCGAGCAGGCUUCGACGGCGUUAAGGAAAAGCUCCGCACGAACAACCAGUAGUUCAUCCCAACGACGAUAAUGGCAGGUAUAAUGUGCCUUCGUAACGCUCAGAGACUGGUGGGUCGACUGAGUCCCGCCGUCGUCUCCAGAACGCGGCAGCCGCUGAACCUCUGCCGCGCCGUCGGCACCUCUGGUACCCAGAAGAGUGAAACCACUACGGUUGACCAAACCAAAACGGCAACAACGACGGCUACUGAGUGCGAAAUCAAGCCUAAGAAGUACUGGGUCUCCUACGGUUUCAGCGAGGAAUCCGAAUACCUUGACAGACAUUUUAUGCACAUGUUCACGUUUAUCUCAAUAUCUGUAGUCUUUGGCAUAGGAGGCUAUAUUCUUAUAUACCUGCCUGACUUUAGGAUGAGAGACUGGGCACUGAGAGAAGCCUAUUUAGAGCUGAGGCGCAGAGAGCAAUCAGGCUUACCACUGAUCGAUCCAAAUGUCAUCGAUCCUGCCAAGGUCAUUCUACCCAGCGACGAGGAGUUAGGAGACCGGGAAAUCAUAAUCUAAGAAAUACAAGGAACUACAAUCUUCUUUUGUUGCUUGUGUGGUGAAACCAUUGUUAAAGCUGUAUGAAAUAAGUUAGGACCAGUGGAGAUAUAUUGGUGUCCAGUUACUGAAUUAUAAUGUAAUGAUAUGCGAGUCAAAUACAGUAAUCGCUCCCUUUAUUAUUAUUCUUGGA